AUGUCCGGUUACGCACCUCCAAUUUCGCACGCAACUGUUGCGACAGAUGAAGUCAUCCCUCUCUGCUCCAUGGACAUCUACAGAUACGCCACAGCGUUCUCCGGUGCAUACAAGUGGUGUAUCAAUGGUACCCUGGAUGUCCAAGUGCUCAAGCUGGGUCUGGAUGAACUCAUCGCGCGCGGGGAGUGGCGAAAACUCGGCGCUAGGAUACGCCGGAACGCGGAGGGGCGCCUCGAGUGGCAUGUACCGCGCCAGUUCUCCAAGGCGAGGCCGGCGUACCAUAUGACCAUCAGUACGUACGCCUCCAUGGAAGCUGCAAAGCUAUACAUACCAGGCGCAACCAGCGUUCCUUCCAUCCAGCCCAAUUUAGGGCCAGACUCGGUAUUCGUUCAUCCAAGCACUCCGAUAACCUUGGAGGAGUACCUUGAUCCGGAACACGACCAUCCUUGCUUCAAUAUCCAUGUAUCAUUGUUUCUAGACGGCUCAGUAACUUGUACCGGUAUCACGAUUCCACACGUACUGGGCGACGGCACUGGCAUCUCAAAGAUGCUGAUGAACUGGCUCACCCUCAUGGGCAAUCCGAACGCAGCGGUGCCCGCGAUGCAUAGCUACGACAAAGACCCGUUCGCGCCGCUGGAAUCCGCAUACGAGUUCGCUGAGGACCUCACAACAGAGACGUGGGAGGAAAUACUACACAACAUCCAUUUGCAAGAGGAACGGGAGGACCAUCCGAGAGAAGUCCGGACGGUCUACCUGCCCGGGUCGCUUGUGAGCCGGAUGCGCGCCGAGGCUGUCGAAGAGUUGGCUCAAAGGAGGAAGAGAGGCGAAGACGUACCUGAUUUCCUCAGUGAGAACGACAUCCUCUCAGCCUGGUGGAUCAAGAUUCUGUGCACGGACGUCGAUCCAGAUGACAAGACGCCCCUUAUAUCCUUUGUAGGAUCAUCUCUACGCAAACAGCUUCCCGAGUACUUCCCCAGAGAUACCUGGUACCCUCACAAUGCUACGUUGGCAUUCGCAUCCGAGUCCGUGCCCAUCGGUGCCGUCCGGAAUAUGACCAUCUGCGACAUCGCGUUGCUCUCGCGCUGGGCGUUGGUUCGUGGCCUAGCAGACAAGCAGGCGCUCAAGCGUGCCGUCGCACUCAAGUUGUGGUCGAAGGCGCUAACAGCCAAUAACGCCACCUCAUUCACCUCACCAUCGAGUGCGUUCGGGGCAUGGCAUUUUACGAGCGCCUGGACGGAGGCAAGGUGCAUGGAUUGGGAUUUCUCACCUGCAGUCGCUUUGUCACCCGUGCCGGGCACGGAGACUAGAAGGGCAAAGCCGGGAAGCGUACGUGCUUUCUCAGGAGGUGUAUACCAGUACGGGCCAUACCCCGUAAGAGCCUUGCUGACGGUGUUGGCGAAAGACAAGGAUGGAGGAUACUGGCUUCAGCCUUAUAUGAGAAAGGCAUACUGGAAUGCUGGCCUGGAGGACCGAUUGAGGCGGUUCGGAUGGUCCGCGAAACUCUAG